AUGCUGACAGCUGCCCGUCCCUUCCUGGGGAAGCCUGACUCUCGUGAAGCAGAUGAGGUCGCCCAAGGACUUUGGGAGGAAGCUUUGGAGCGAGCUCAGGAUGGUGCUGUGUGGCUGUUCGGCGUACAACAAGAAGACCGAACUCGAGCUAUCCGUGAAGCAGAUGAGGUCGCCCAAGGACUUUGGGAGGAAGCUUUGGAGCGAGCUCAGGAUGGUGCUGGGCGGCUGUUCGGCGUGCAACAAGAAGACCGAACUCGAGCUAUCGACGACCUCAGAGCUUCCUUGGGCAAUGAUAUCGACGUUGACGCCCAUACUGCUCGCAAGUUUCUCGAAGCUGUGGCAUCGAGGAAGCAAGCUGGCCAACGACAAAUAGUGGGCCGGACCCUGGACCUGAAAUCCGCUUAUGAGCGACUCGCUUCCGCCCCGUGCGAUGGCUGGGGCGAGCAUUCUGGCGGUUUGGCAACCGGACGAACAGCAGUAUCAGUAUUGUCGAUUUGCUACUUUGCCUUUUGGUGCAGCGCACUCGGUUGCAGCUUUGAAUCGAGUGGCGAAGACGUUGAGGAGCAUAUUGUCUUCAGCAUGCUGGGAGCGAGCUUUUCGUUAAUCAAGACCCUUCAGGGAAUCCUGGAGAUCUCCAACAAGGGAGGCAGGCUGCAGGCAUUGCGGUCGCUGGUAAACUCGGUAUGCGCCGAGGGCUUCGUUCAGCAUGCAGUGCUGGCCAGCUUGAAGGGCAGAUUUUUGUAUGCUUCGACCCACACAUUUGGCCGCGUUGCUGUGAUGGCUGUCAAGUGUCUGUCGCGAUACUUGGCGGGCGGGGACAUCUUGAAGCUCAACAACGAGGACUGCACUCUGCUACAACGAACCAUCGACCUGCUCGAGGACAUGCGCUCUCGCGAAAUCCGUGCUGGCACUGGUGGGGUACCUGUCGUGACUGUCACCGACGGGGCCCACAAGGAG